AUGCAGUCAAAGUCUGAAACUGAAAAUAGACUUCAUGCUGAUCAUCAUACCAUCCCACCAAACAGUGUUUAUUCAGAACCGUGGUGGCGGGGUGUUGGCUAUAACCCCAUCUCCCCAGCCGUUACAGGGAGGAAUACAUCCAACUCAUCUUCGUUAGAAUGCCCAAAUGGUGGUUCGGAGUCCAAUGACGAUCGAUCAUUGUCCAAUGAUGAGCCAAAUGAAGAUGAUGAUGAUGGUGCCACCAAAGAGUCACAGAUUACGUCUCCAAGAUCAGCUGGCAAUGACGGGCAAGAGCGCCAAAAUGUGCCGCAUGUUGGAUCUACUGUACCUACAGUUCGUGAUGAUUGCCUUGCGCAACCGCCACAGCUUGAGCUUGUUGGUCACUCUAUUGCUUGUGCUUCAAAUCCUUAUCAGGAUCCUUAUUAUGCGGGAAUGAUGGCAUCUUAUGGACAUCAGCCUUUGGGCUAUCCUCCUUUUCUUGGAAUGCCACAUGCUAGAAUGCCAUUGCCUCUUGAGAUGGCACAGGAGCCUGUGUAUGUGAAUGCAAAACAAUACCAAGGGAUUCUAAGGCGAAGACAGGCACGUGCAAAAGCAGAACUUGAAAGGAAGCUAAUUAAAGUCAGGAAGCCAUAUCUUCAUGAAUCACGACAUCAACAUGCUAUGAGAAGGGCGAGAGGUACUGGAGGACGUUUUGCAAAGAAAACUAAUGGUGAUAAAUCAAACAGCACUGGCCAAGAAAAGGGCACAGGCUCUGGUCCAGCCCACUCGUCACAAUCUGGCAGUUCAUCAGGUUCAGAACCCUUUCCCUCAGAUUCUGCUGAAACAUGGAAUUCCUCCAAUAGUCAGCAAGAAGGAAGAGGGUCCCAAGUGCAUGACGCGUACUCAGCUCACAAUUAUGCAAAUGGCAGUGGCUGCUUCCAGACUCAUGGUGGCUUGCAGGCUUCGAUGUAUCCUUCAUACUCGGGCAAGAGAGGGGAAGAAGGAGAUUGUACAGGCCAGCAACGGGGAAGCAUUUCUUCGAAUCAGGCCUCACAGAGGCGUCUUGCCAUCCAGUGA